AUGUCCAAGGUAUCCGGAGCGAACGAAACCCUACAGGGGGCGCUGGCGCCGCUCUCGCAUAUGGGCGGGGGCGGGGAUGCAACGCUGCUCAAAGACGAGGGGCAGGUGGAGCUGCCGCGAGGGCCGGGAGUGCUCAACGUGCAGGUGUUGCCGGAGGAGGGGCACGCGCACCUGCAGGACCUGGAGGGCUACAAGUCGAUGGACCCGCGGCAAUCGGAGUCCGCCAGCACGGACGUGAGCGAAAUGCUGCAGCACACUGCCUCGCUGGACGACCCCAUCCAGUUCACGCGUGUGUCAACGUCCUCGGUGACGAGCAAUAGCUCCUCGGACCCGCGGGAGAGCGGCGACACGCAGGAGACAGGCUCGCGGCGCGGCUGCAGCACGGAGGAGCAGGCGCCCGCGGGGGCGGAGCGUGUCUCCGGGCAGGACCAGGACAGCUGGGAUGUAGAAGAGGUGGUUGCGGAGCCGCGUAGUGGGAUCGAUGUCACGCCCGUGGGCGACGUGACCAACUCCACGAUCCGCGCAUCUGGGCGGUCUGCCGAGUCUACAUCGCACUACCUGGAUGAGUAUUCUGACACCAGGUACAGCUCCUCUUCGCCGAGUAGCGGGAGCCGCAAGCUUUCGACGACGAUCAUAACGCCCGAAAAGAACGUUGUAGCACAAGCCCUCCAUUGUUACGCGGACAACUACGAGUCACCGCUAAACGACCUCAUGUCCUCUGGCGACGAGCGGUCCUCAUCGGUCCGAGAAACCUCAUUUGAGAACGCGAGUUCUGAUACCAAUGCGAACUUGAACGGCGGACGUGCCUCAACCGGGGAAUCCAUGCGCUCGCCGCCGCCUGCCACGGGACUACCCAAUGGAUUUGUGCAUACACAAGCUUCUGCUCCCGCGCUGCCAGUUUUGCCGGCCAAAUCUCCCUUUCGGGCUGUACAGUCUCCUUUUUCCGGCACCAGAAAAUCUAGGAAUUCAGCUAAUCUAGCAGAACUAUCUCUUCCGCGUACAUCUACUUCUUCUGCAUCUAGCAUGGAACAAAGAAAGUCGAGAGGUGGGCGCAUGAAGGUGGUGCUGUCUUCGUUUGUACAGAAUAUACGGAGAAAUUCUCAAGGCGAGAAACGAAGAUCGGGUACUGCUAUGAAGAUCUCUACCCCAUACAACGCGACACAUGUCCAUCACGUUGGCGUCGACUCGAGAACGGGUGAAUAUACAGGGUUGCCAGAAGAAUGGGAAAGGCUAUUAGCAUCGAGUGGUAUAUCCAAAAAAGAACAGCAGCAACAUCCUCAAGCAGUGAUGGAUAUUGUAAAGUUUUAUCAAGAUGUUACAGGAACUAGUGGAGAAGAUAAGGUUUUUAAAACAUUUAAUGUCAGCAGUACCAACGCAUGCGAGUUGUCUAGCUCACCUUCCUUCAAGACACCUUCUCUGUCUUCUAUUACGAGGUUCGAGGGUAGUCACGAAGCCUAUAACAGCGCAUACCAUUCGCCAAUGCUUCAAUCACCCAUGGGCUUUCAUGAUCCGCAACACGACGAGAAAUUUAUUCCGAGUCGUCCUGCACCAAGGCCACCGGGUGGCGCAGCACCAAAAACAGAUUUUACAUCCCCAUUAGCAUACGAUUCACAGUCAGCCACCGCCACACCGAAGAACCAACGUUUUUCUAACCAAUCAUCAGGGUUCUUCUCACUUGCACGGAAAGCUACCCUCAAUAAGAAUAAACAGCAGUUGCCGCCUAUCCCGUCGGCAGCUGCUGCAUCGGCGCCUAUUACACAGCCCGGGUCAACAGCUAAUAUUCCUUACAUCAAGCCAGCAGAAAAUCCCGUUUCUGCCCCAUCAAAAUCCAUACCCCCUUCUCUUCCUGCUGUUCCGACACCUCCUCCACCGAUUGAAAAGGAUCCCCCACUAAGGGAUCUUGAAAGGGAGCGCGAGAGAGAGCACAGUUCCGCUAAACAAGGGCAACUGGCUCUAGAAAGAAAGAGGGAAGAAAAGAGAAGGAGGAAUCAAAAAUUACAAGCCAAAUUGGCUGAGAUAUGUUCACCUGGCGAUCCAAGCAAAAUCUAUCGUAAUUUGGUGAAGAUUGGUCAAGGUGCUUCGGGUGGUGUUUACACUGCAUAUGAAAUUGGGACUAACGCCUCUGUUGCCAUUAAACAAAUGAAUUUGGAGAAACAGCCGAAGAAAGAGCUGAUAAUUAAUGAAAUUUUGGUUAUGAAAGGUAGUAGGCACAACAAUAUUGUUAAUUUCAUCGAUUCUUACCUACUGAAAGGGGAUUUGUGGGUAAUAAUGGAGUAUAUGGAGGGCGGCUCUCUCACUGAUGUCGUAACACAUUGUAUAUUGACUGAGGGACAGAUAGCCGCAGUAUCAAGAGAGACUUUAAGGGGUUUGCAUUUCUUGCAUUCUAAGGGUGUUAUCCAUAGGGAUAUAAAAUCGGACAAUAUAUUAUUGUCUAUGGAUGGUAAUAUUAAGUUGACUGAUUUUGGAUUCUGUGCUCAGAUCAAUGAAACUAAUUUAAAGAGGACAACAAUGGUUGGUACACCGUACUGGAUGGCUCCAGAAGUUGUAUCGAGAAAGGAGUAUGGUCCAAAAGUUGAUAUCUGGUCACUAGGUAUCAUGAUUAUUGAGAUGAUUGAAGGGGAGCCGCCAUAUCUAAAUGAGACACCUUUGAGGGCUUUGUAUUUAAUUGCUACAAAUGGUACUCCCAAGUUAAAAGAUGCUGAUAGUCUAAGCCCUGUAUUAAAAAGAUUUUUAAGUUGGUGUUUACAAGUCAGCCCGAACGAUAGAGCAACGGCAAUGGAAUUACUAUACGAUAAGUUUAUUGUAGAGGUUGCAGAGGCAAAUGCUUCUUUAGCGCCGCUAGUUAAACUAGCUAGGAUGAAGAAGCUUGCGGAAAAAAUGGACGCCGACUCUGACGACAAUCGAACUGACUGA